UCCUACCAAAAAAUCGGUUAGCGACUGCGCAUCCCGGAUGCAGUUCUUUAGCGUGAAGCAUAUGGCAAAGGGAAGGACUUGGUAACUUUCUCCUCCAUAAAACCUAGAUUGAAAUCGUUUGUCUAUUGGGUGAAACUGGUCAUUGUAGACCGAUCACAAGGUCUCGAAGUAAAAAAGUAAACAAACAUUGUAGGCUGCAAAACCACCGGUGAUCGCAGCGCCAAGCGGAUUACUUUGAAAAAGAUUCAAAAUGGAUACCGACAUCAAAUUAAGAGAAAGAAAUCGAGGGACGACAGCAACUCGAGAAAACCAAGAGGUUUCAUCGUUUGACCUAACUUUCUCCGACCUAAGCUACACUGUGGGAAAAGGAGAAACAGCUAAGCAAAUUUUGAGGCAAAUUAGUGGCACGUUCAACUCGGGCAAGCUGACAGCCAUUAUGGGGCCUUCGGGUGCCGGGAAAACUUCCCUAAUGAACAUAUUAGCUGGAUUAAAGAAAAGCGGAAUAGAAGGCCGCGUCAACGUCAACGGCGCAGAACGAAAGUUCAAAACUUUUCGCAAACAAUCGGCAUACAUCACGCAGCAAGAUCAUCUUAUGUCUAAUUUAUCGGUGGAUGAGUACAUGAUGUCAGCUGCGCACCUGAAAUUAGGGAAUGACGUCUCUGAAAAGGAAAAGAAGUUAACUAUCGAGCUGAUAAUGAAUACCUUAGGAUUGACGAACAGCCAGUCAACAAGGGUUUCUUGCUUAUCUGGUGGUGAAUGUAAGCGACUUGCCAUCGGGUUGGAAUUAAUUGACAACCCAGCCAUUUUAUUUCUGGAUGAACCAACCAGUGGUCUGGACAGCUCAUCCGGUUUGCAAUGUGUGGCUGUACUGCGUGACAUCGCCAAGACCGGCCGCACGGUGGUGGCUACUAUUCACCAACCAAGUACUCGAUUAUUGGACCAGUUUGAUCAGCUCUAUAUAGUAGCUGGUGGAUCGUGCAUGUACCAAGGCCCAGUUAAUUCUUUGAUUCCUUACCUUCAAUCAAUGAAUUUACAAUGUCCGGAUCAUCAUAAUCCUGCCGAUUUUGCAAUCGAUGUGGCUUCGGGAGAAUAUGGAGACGUUGUAUUCCGCUUGAUAUCCGGGAUCGAGAACGGUCGAAGUAUUUAUCAGGAUAACUCAUCAACUUCAUGCGUACCAUCUACGAGCCAUGACACUGAAGUUGACGAAGUGGGUGAAACAGACUUCAUGAUCAACAGCCAUUUGAGGACAAAUAAAAGAGGAAAGAAUGAACUUUCAUACGGUGCGCCGUUUCACACCCAAGUCGCUGUUCUCCUCCGAAGAACUUGGCGUACUAUUUGGAGAGAACAGAUCUUGACUACGAUGCGUCUUACUCUUCACGUUUGCAUUGCCAUCCUGAUUGGCUUAUUGUAUUGGCAGAUCGGGGACGAUGCCCAUGCCGUAUACAAUAAUGCUGGCAUGCUCUUCUUCAAUCAUCUAUUUAUUUUAUACGCCGCCAUGAUGCCGACUUUUCUUACAUUUAAUUUAGAGAGGAAAGUGCUGGUUCGAGAGCAUUUAAAUCGAUGGUACAGUCUCAAAGCGUAUUAUUUAGCCAAGACUUUGGCUGAUAUACCAUUUCAGAUAUUUUUUCCUACUGUCUAUUUGAUCCCGGUGUAUUUAAUGACUAACCAGCCACUGUGCAUAGAGCGUUUCUUUAUGCUGUGGACCAUAGCAAUUUGUAUUUCUCUCGUAGGGCAAGGUAUCGGAUUGUUUUUUGGCGCUGCAUUCGACAUCCCAGUAGCUUCUUAUUUCGCCCCCAUCAGCUGCAUUCCAUUCUUGUUGGUGUCGGGCUUCAUGUUUAAAUUUGACGCUAUUCCGCCUUACCUAAGCUGGAUAACGUACCUAAGUUUUCUUCAUUACAGUUUCGAAGGUUCUAUGCUAUCCCUCUACGGUGGUGAUCGUCCGCCUCUCUCUUGCUCUUAUUCUUAUUGCCAUUUUCGAUACCCAAUCAAGUUUUUAGAACUAUUCAACUUGAAUAACAGUUCCUAUUACUUGUCGGUACUUGGCAUGAUGGCGAAUUUCUUCGUUAUACGGGUGGCCGGCUAUUUAGUUUUGCGUUUCAAGCUUCGGCACGUGCGUUAAACCAUCUUGGUUUUCUGGUUUGUUUCUCACAUUUGUACAAUCUCAGUGUGGUGUGCCAUUCAUAUUUGGCCCCUUGAUUAUUCCCCAAACGAACAAAUAGCUGCAUUUAAACUGUUUAUUAUUUACCACGUGGUUGUCGUUUCUUGUGUACAUUAUGUCGCGAGAAUUAAAAUUCAGAAUAAUCUUG